UCGAUUUCAUUUUCACAUCACUCUCUCUUCUUUUCUCUUUGCCUCUGCAAGCCAUGAAAGAACCUCCACUUUCCCGUCGUAAAGAACCGCCUUCUGUGCAGAAAAUCAAGAUUUUGUGCAGCUUUAAUGGUGCUUUUGAACCCAGACCUCCUUCUGGAAAGCUCCGGUACAUUGGCGGAGAGACUCGUAUCGUUUCCAUUGAUCGAAGUAUCGGGCUCUCGCGAUUUCGGUCCAAGAUAAGGGAGCUCUGUCCUAAUAUCCCUUCGUUUUCUCUGAAAUACCAGCUUCAUGAACCUGAGGGCCCCGAUGGUGAUGCACCUCUUGUGUUGAUUGCUACGGACGACGAUUUCCUGAACAUGUUCGAUGAGUACGACAAGAUGGAGUCAGAUGGGAAGCUUGCGAGGCUCUGGGUCUUUGUUUGCAUUGAUAACGGGUACGUGGGAUUGAAAAAUGGUUCUUCUUUUAGUUUUUCUUGUGCCGAAUCUGGUAAUAUGAAUGUGAGGAGUGGAAUUCCACAGGGAGAAACUCUAUUUCAUGAUAAAAGAGAGAAAACCCGCUUGAACAUCAGUGGUGGUUUGGGUGGCCAUCAGACCCAUGUGGCCACUGUUUUUAGCUCCGACCAUAUAGCCUUUUUAAACCCUCAUGAACCCAGGAUUUCAGUGAACGUCACUUCCGGAACUUGGAAUGAUGACGAUUCACUUAGGAAAAGGUUGUUGGAACAACGAGUUUUGACAACCCAUGAAACUCAAUUUCAAAACUCCUUUCAAUUUUUGCAUUCAGAACCCUUGGGAACUGAAGUCCUAUAUAACUGCCCUACUGGAACAGAAAGAGUUAAUAAAUCACUUAAGGAAGUAACCCGUGAAGCAUAUGUUCCAACACAUUGCACAGCUACAGUUAAUAGUUUUGGUGAUUCGUGCAGCAUCAAUAUUCCAGUGGCCCAUAUGUCAAGUCAAGGUUUUGGCACUUCAAUUCCAUUGGCAGAAUCCCGCUUGCAGCCCUUUGAUGUGAGUGGUGGAGAUAUAGGAUUAAAGGCAAGCAUUUCUAUGCAACUUAUGCCAAGAGGUUAUGGUGGAGUUUUAAUUGAUGGAUGCGGGGAUAAUGUUGGAAGAUCUUAUCAAUCAGUUGCAACAGUACAGUUGCUUAACCAGUCACAUAUUCCUAAUGUAAUAUCAACACCAACUACCUCCAAUGUUAAACAGGGUUCUAAAAAUGGUGGGCAUGUUUCUAUGGGAAAUUUUAAUCGGGAAAAUGUUAUGCCAUUGACAGGGGAUACUCAUUUACCUUCAGUUUCCUGCAGCAAUCCAUUGGUUGGGAAAGUCUCACCUUUGAAGUCUUCUAUUUCAGGCAACAGGAAUUUGGACUGUCAUCAGUUAGGAAUUCGAAACCAUCGAUUUGGUAUUGUUGAUAUCAGAAAUCAUCGGAUUAGUGCGUUUUCCAUGCAGAACCAUCAGAACUACCCUCCUGUAAUGGUUAACCAUCAUGUCACUGCACUUGAUGGGAAGUCUUGUCCAGGGAAGUGCUAUGCUGGGCUCAGGCCAAGCCCAAACAUUUCAAAACAUGGGCAGGGUGCGAGAUCACACUAUGCUCAAAUUUGGAAGCCUUGGCCUGCUUCCCAUGAUCAUACAUGGGAAGGAAUGACAUGGAUGCUAGAGUCUAGCAAGAACACCCAUUCUUCCUUCAAUCUAAGAAAUGGUAGGGGAAUUUUGAGAGAGCGCAUUGCUCAACCUAUUGGUGGGAGAUACCCUGCUGGUGUUCUAGCUAUGAAAUCUAGAAAUCCAAUUCCUCAUGUAGGUUUUCACGGUCUAUCCCAUGGCACAUUCUACCAACCUCUUUGUUCUGAUAGGGUUAUUGAAGACCCCGUACUCUGCUUCAGGCCGAUGACUACUUCACGAGAUCUUUCAAGCAAUUUACUUCAUGCAAAGUUUGAAGUUCCUUCUCAAGCUGUAUGCAACAAUUUCCAUGGCAUGUCUGGGAGCACCUAUCACUCAGUAGAUAGUAAACCUGGAUAUUAUGAGUUUAACAGGAAGCCAUUCUUCAUGGCCCCACAGAAGGAUGUUGAGAUGCCAGAAUAUUCCACUGAUGCAGGUCAUGUCAAUAGUUCAGAACUUGGAUGUAGCAGUGAACUUCCUUCAUUUAAGCUCGAAGUCCAAGUAGGUCCACAGUCAAGUGUUAAAGCAUUAACCAAUGAUUGUGAUGGUUUCAAAACUUUAUCCGGUGAUAUUGCAACUUCAGUGGAUAUUUCAUUAUGUAAACUUUCACUUUCUCCAUCCAAAGAAGCAGAGCCCCCUGCACUUCCAUCUUCUCCUGUUAGAGAUGAUCUUUCAGAACCCCUGGCAAGACAUGAGAUGGAGCCUCAAAUAAAUCUUUUGGAUUUCAUGGGUGAAGAAAAGUUGAGUUCAAGCUCAUUUAUUGAAGAAUCAAGUGGAGUUGCAUUUAAUUCUUUCGUUAGUGGAGGAAAUGUUUCCAAAUCCUUGCCAAGACAUGAAAUGGAUGCUCAGAUAAAUUCAUUUGAUAUCAUUGACGUUGGAAAAUUGAACCCAGGUCCACUCACUGAAAAAUUGGAGAGAAUUGCAUCUAAUUCAGAACAAUUGGGAAACCACAUUUCUCAAAGAGGAAAGAACCAACAAGAAAAUGCAACCAGCUUAAGCAUAGCUCAGAAGGUUGAAAUUAAGGGAUCAAUUAAAUGUUCUAAUGCCAUUGGUGGAGUGUAUAGUGACCUGGCUAUGUUCUAUACUCAUUUAGCUACCAAGGAGUUGCAGACAAUUAAAAAUUCUGACCUUGAAGAUAUAAGAGAACUUGGUUCUGGCACAUAUGGAACGGUUUUCUAUGGAAAAUGGAAGGGUUCUGAUGUUGCCAUCAAGCGGAUAAAGCCAAGUUGCUUUGUUGGCAGUGAGAAGGAUAGACUGAUUGCAGACUUCUGGAAGGAAGCUCACAUGCUAAGUCAGCUUCACCAUCCAAAUGUGCUAGCAUUUUAUGGUGUAGUUACAGAUGGGCAAAUGAUAAAUCUAGCAACAGUUACGGAGUACAUGGUGAAUGGUUCCCUUAAACAAGUCCUACGAAGGAAAGAUAGAACUAUUGAUCGUAAAAAGAGGCUAAUCAUAGCAAUGGAUGCAGCCUUUGGUGUGGAAUACCUCCAUGAGAAAAACAUUGUCCAUUUUGAUUUGAAGUCCCAUAACUUCCUAGUGAAUAUGCGGGAUCCUCAGCGACCAGUGUGCAAGAUUGGGGAUCUGGGCUUGUCAAAAAUUAAACAGAAGACACUAGUUUCUGGUGGGGUGCGUGGAACUAUACCAUGGAUGGCCCCAGAGCUCUUAAGAAAUAAAGAAAACAUGGUAACAGAAAAGGUUGAUGUGUACUCAUUUGGGAUAGUCAUGUGGGAACUUCUAACUGGGGAUGAACCUUAUGCAGACCUGCGCUCAGAAGGAAUAAUUGCUGGUAUAAUCAAAGGUGAUCUGCGGCCUGAGGUCCCUAGCUGGUGUGACCCUGCUUGGAGAUCAUUAAUGGAGAGGUGUUGGUCAUCUGACCCUGAUUCAAGACCAGCCUUCUCAGAGAUUUCUAAGGAACUACGUGCCAUGUCAGCAGCCAUGAAUAUCAGGUGAUUAUUGAAGCAAGUCUGGCUGAAAAUGGAAACCUACAUCAAUUGACUGUACUGAAGUGGGCUGUAGGUUGAAACGGAGAUCUGAUUACAUGGUUAAUCAUAUUUGAUCUGUCCGGCAAUGUAAUUACAUUUAGAAUACCAGGCACAGAAGCAUGCUGAGAUGUGAUCAAUUUUGCCAUCCGGUGUUCUGUGUUUGACCUGAACAUAUCCAUUAUGUUUGAAAGGGUUGGAUAUGGAUGGAUUGAAGUGUAUGAAAGAGAUGUCUGUUUGUGGAAAGACAGCAUUUUCAUGCACUGUUGUAUAGAGAUAGACCAUGGCAGUUGUCUCUAA